AUGGACCUGAAAUCCAGGAAGAAGCAUCACCUGGGAUUGUUCGAGGACGAGAUAGCGGCAGCAGCAAGACACGAUGCGGCCAGAGUGGCAUUGCGAGGGCCCGGCUCGCAGAAGAACUUCCCAAAAAAACUGCCAACUGAGCACGAGCUUCUCGAGGUCCAGGUGCGGCUUGCAACGAGGCCGAAGGCAUCCUCGUAUAGCGGAGUGUACCCGAAGGGUAGCGGGUGGGUGGCACGAAUCAAGAAAAACGGAACAAGCCUUCACUUGGGAAGCUUUGCUGACGAGCUUGAUGCCGCUAAAGCCUACGAUGCAGCCCUUAGAAGUGAGACGCUGGGCCCCACGCCUCGCUCCCAGAAGCUAGCAAGCUUGAACUUCCUGGAGGAGUCGGAUUUCUUUUCGGAAUGCUCAUGGCAGGAUGAGCCAAUUCCGGCAGGGAAGACAUCGCGGUUUAUGGGCGUGUACUACCACGCAGCAGCCCAAAAGUAUUGCGCGAAGGCUGGCGGCAAACACCUGGGCACGUUUGCCACUGAGCUUCAAGCUGCCAGAGCUUUUGACGCAGCCUCCCUGGCCGGAGCCGGCCGUACAAAUUUCGCGCCAGUAAGUCGCGAACUCGUGUCAUCUUUCCCGAGGUCCGGACGCGGACGCAGGGCUGCCGGUCGCCAAUCCCAAUUUCGGGGGGUUACCUGGCAUGCUGUUUCUGGCAAGUGGCGGGCCAGAAUUGCUGGGCUUGACAGCACCAGAGAAGUUCACUUGGGUACCUUCGAGACGGAGCAGGAUGCGGCUGCCCGCUAUGAUGCUGCGACAGUGGUUUUGAGACUGCCUGUGUGCAAGCGGAACUUUCCGAGUAGAGUGCCUGCAGACAACGAGAUCCUGCAGGCGAAGCAGCGGUUGGCGAAGGAGCCAGCCAAGCGUGGCUACAAAGGCGUCGAUCCUUGUGGCUCCGGUCGCUUUCAGGCCAGGGUCAUGGUGAACGGACGAAGCAGAUACCUGGGUACUUUCGAUAGCGAGCUCGAGGCUGCGAGGGUCUAUGACAAAGCCAUCCGCUGUAGGGAUGUCUUUCGCUCUAUCCGCCUAUUCUCGCUCAAUUUCCCGAAGCAGUCUGAUUAUUUCAAUGAGGAAUCAUGGCAAAACGAACCUGUGCCAGCAGGAAGGACUUCCCGAUUCCUGGGCGUUUCCAAGCACAAAGGAAAGCAUGUGUUCCAGGCUACUUGUCAGCGCAAGUUCCUUGGCUAUUUCCAGACCGAGCUGCAGGCGGCCAAGGCUUUCGAUGCAGCGUCGGCAGCCGUGGGAGGGCCCACCAACUUCCCGAACUCAGCAUCGACUGUCCAAUCGAAUUCUUGGCUUCAUGUUUUACCCACACGCUUGACAGAGCCACAGCUAGUGCCACUUGCUGAGAAGCUCGAGAGUGCAAGGGGAUCUCCAGAAUCAGAAAGCACAGAAAGCCAACGUUCCUCCUGCUGCUCUUCUCGCUUUGCUCCCGAUGACCUCAUCCACGUCGUGCCAUGGCCAUUCGGGGUGCCAGCUCCUCCGGGACUCGAAGUUGAGGCAUGCGUGCUGCCGGAAAGAAUGGGAGGGACAGCUGGGAUGCACGCCCUUCCGGAUGGUGUCUCCACCAAAGCGUUCGGAACCAGGAAGCUCAUCGAGCAGUUGGACGACCGGUUGGCAGUUUUUGCGCCUGCUGCCUUUCGCCCGGACUGCUGGUCCCUCAAUUCCGACUUCCACGGAAACGAGGCGCAAGUGCGGAUGGUGCUGGACCUCAUCUUGGUCCACUUCUGCCGAAGACACGCGCUGCGUCUGGCGGCCGAAGUGCCUCUUCCCGAAUCGUCUCCCUUUGCUGGGAAAGCCGACUACGCGCUGUUCGACGGCAACUCGCCCAUCGCCAUUGUUGAAGCGAAGCGCUGCCUCGGCCCCAGCGUAAGCGCAGAAGCCAGGCACGCUCUCUUCGUCGCCGCCAUGGCCCAAAGCUGCGCGGUCUUGGCCGGCUUCCUGUCCGCGACACCGACAGCACCCCUCUUGGCAAUCGUGACGGAUGCACGUGGAUGGCUUCUGGUGCACCUGACAGCAGAGAAGAAGCCUGUGUUACAGCUGUGGCCCCAAGGGCAGGCGAUCCUGGAGCUGAGAAGCCCUGUGGAGUUGGCACAGCUGCUCCAGAACCUUCAGCAGCUUCUCGGAGGAGAACAUCUGUGCGAGGUUGUGAGGUUGGAAUUCGGGGCUUCUGAGCUUCAAAGUCUUUGGAAACACCGGGUGUUCGAAAGACAGGUUGGAGACAGCGGGGAACAGGAUUUCCCUAAACCCAGGCUACCAUGCUGA